UAUAUGCAAAUUAUACAAAAGAAACAGGUUGUAUGGUAGAAUAAAGUCAAUCAUUGUUUUUAAUUGCAUUGAUAAUAUGUUUUUGAAUGGUAACAGUUUCUAUAGGUCAUGUUAAAGUCCAUGUUAUAAUAUUAAAAAAAAAAAAUAGUGAGAGUUUUAGUUAUAUGAUAGAUAACAUACGAUAGUAUAGUAUGAUGAGAGAUAUUAGAAAACUAUAGAAAACAUGUUGCAUACUAUUGUAAGUAACCUGCGGGAUGCAACGUAUACAUAAGAGUACUUACACCUAUAUGAGUUGGGGGAUAAGUAAGUACCUUUCGCUUUAUAAUUUUCUUUGCAGUUGAGAAUAGUCUAUGGAAGAGCUAGUUACAUAUUACGGAAAAAUUUCAAAAUACGAUUUAAAAAUUGCGGGAAUUUAAUUAACUUCGAUUAACAGAUAAAUUAGGAUGGAGUUCAAAGAAACUUUAACCCUUAUUUACGAUAUUAUAUUAUUUGUGAUUAUGUCAAUAAUUUAUAUAUGUGAGACAAUAAUAUUAACAAUCAUCCCUAAACGUUAUCGUGAAAAAUCUAUCAAAGGAAAAAUAGCAUUGGUAACUGGUGGUGCUGGAGGAAUUGGAAAAAUAAUUGUCCAAAAAUUAUCUAAGUUGGGUGCUCACGUUAUUAUUUUGGAUAUUAAUAAAUCAGCACUCGAAGAUACAGUGAAUGAAAUUAAAAACCAAGGUGGUAAAUGUUGGGGAUAUUAUUGCGAUAUUUCCGAUCGAAGAGAAAUAUAUAGAAUUGCGAAAUCAAUUAAAAUUGAAAUUGGUAAUGUAUUUUUAUUGAUAAAUAACGCUGGUUAUGUAUACGGUAAAACACUUUUGGAUAUACCAGACGAAGAAAUCGAGCGUACAUUCAAAAUAAAUGUAUUAGCACAUUAUUGGAUGAUUAAAAUUUUUUUAAAAGAUAUGAUUAAAGCAAAUUAUGGACAUAUUGUAACUAUUGCGAGUGUUGCUGGUUUAUUAGGAACUUACAAUUGCACCGAUUAUUCGGCAACUAAAUUCGCUGCCAUUGGAUUUCACGAAAGUCUUUUUACGGAACUCAGAGCUCACGGUUACGAAGGAAUUCAAUUGACAUUAGUUUGUCCUUUUUUGAUUAACACGAAAAUGUUUGAUGGAGUUAAACCCAGAUUGAUGAAAAUGCUUGAACCAGAGUACGUUGCUGAAGAAGUUAUAACAGGAAUAUUAUUAAAUAAAGUAAAUGUUACGUUACCUAAUAGUAUCAGACUUUUUUUGCCAUUAAAAUAUUUAUUACCUGCAAAAAUGUGUUGGGAUUUAAUGUAUCGUAUAAUACAUGGACCACAAAUGAUGAUGACGUUUAAAGGACGAGAUAAUACGAAUAUGCUUCAAGAUAAUAAUAAUAUUACUGAAAAAACUGAAAAAAUACACCUACAGUAAUAAUAUAUCCAAAAAUAUAUUCCAUAAUUCUUUUUUAGAUAAAUUGACGAUGUACUUUACGAUCAAAAUAAAAUCUUUAUCAAUUGUAAGAAUACUAUCUAUAUAUUGUAUGCAUUUGAAUAUAUUAUAAAAUUAAUA